GGCCAAAUCCUGAUUGUUACAAUUCAGCUCAUUUGAUACUUGUUAGUUGUUAGUUAAAUACGUAGUAGUUUUAGUUUUAGUGGAUUUCCUCGAGUCUAAAUUGUUGACUGCCCAUCCGGAAAUUGAACGCAAGUAAUGUUUAAAAAUAAGUAUUCUAUUCAAAGGUCGUGACGUUUACCUUAACUGUCGGUUUUAUCAAAUUAUAAAAUGUCGUUUUGAGUUUUAAAAAUGACAGUAUUGUAAUAAGAUUGGUUUCGAUAUGGCUCACUGGACAGCUUCCACUACCGAAAAUUCUCCAAAAAUUCCCAACAGACCAGCGCCACCGCCUCCAAAAAUUAAUAAAUCUUUGUCACAAACAAGAUUAGCUAAAGUAUUGUCAUUGAAACAGUCAAAAUUGUUGAAUGGGUUUCAACAGCCCGUAAAGAAAAAACCUCCUCCUAGACCCCCACCUCCAAAAUGUAUCCAACCAUUGAAAAAUCAGAGUAAAAGUGGUUUAACAUCAUUAAUUGGAUUUAAAACAAAACAUAAUGUACCUACACCUCCUUGGGUAGGAAAACAAAAUGAAAUAGCAACGUCCUCUAGUGUUUCUCAGGUGGGCUGCUUAAUAGACCUGAGUUCACCUCCGACCUCUCCGACAUUGACGCACAAAUCUAGUAGCGAUGGAAACAGUGUAGAUAGUUUCAGCAGUGACUUUGGGCCUUGGAAGGAAUCUCAAGCAGAGAGUAGUGGUUUUGAAGAUGAUUUUGAUUUAUUAUCUACAAAUGGAGAUAUGGAUUAUUUCAAAAAACCAUUUUUAUUUUCUCAAAGUACUGAACUAUCACCACCACCUCCAUCUUUGCCGCCACCUAUGUUACCGCCAGAUGCAUUAAAUGUUUUAUUAAAUGGCCCUAAAUUGCCUCCUCGGCCUAUUAAAUACUCGAACUUAUCAUCAGAAUCACAGUCAAAGUGUGUUGCACAAUUUGAUUAUGUAUCCAACCAUACAGAUGAUUUAGCUUUUAAACAAGGGGAUGAAAUAUUGUUAACACGUAAAAUUAACGACGAUUGGUUAGAAGGUGAACUAGAUGGACGUAGUGGUAUGUUCCCCUCAAGCUAUGUAAAAAUAACAAAAGCUUUACUUGAAGAAAAUGGUAUAAAUAAAAAAUGCUAUAAAGUAGUAGCCGUAUUUACAUUCAAACCUGAAUGCUGGGAGGACUUAAGCAUACAAGAAGGUGAUGAAAUUCAAGUUCUGAAAAGAAUUAAUAAUGAUUGGUUGUAUGGAGAGUGUAAUGGAUUGAAAGGCCAAUUUCCGUCCAAUUUUGUUACAGAACUUCCUGACGAUUUGUGAUAUAAAAAUAAAUGCACUCAAUAUUACCAAAAUUAUUAUUUAAGAAGCAUUAAGAAUAAUUAAUAUGUGAUAAUUGUUUUGAUUUAAAAAAAAAAAUUAUGUCAAAAAUAUUUUUCGUGUGUACCGAACAAAUUUGAACAAUCUUUAAUGCUCAAUGUGCGAACGAAACAGGGUAAACCAAACCUAAACAAAUUAGAAAAAAUAUAUUAGUUUUUAUUGAAACCUGAAAUGCUUUUGCAUAUAUUACUUGGGUUAAAAUUGUAUUACUGUAUGAUUUUUAUCAAUUUAUCUUAAAGCCAUUAUUUAUAUUAUUUAGAUAAUCUAUUAUUAUUAUUUUUUAAACAUUAUAAUCUAGUUACUAUGUGCAUUAAAUUGCAUAAUGUAUGUAUACCUUUUAUAUUCUCUCAAAUGAAUUGUAACAUUGCAUAUCUAAUUAAAUACACUUUUUUUGAAUAA